AUGACAACAUGUAAAUACUGUAUAUAUUUGAAAAACAAAAUUUGAAGGCAUAAACAGAAGAUAACAAACAUCGAUCUCAUAAUGAAAGUAUCGAUCCCGUACUGACCUACUGACAGCCAUAUUAACUUUAUCAACAUUUGUAAAAGUAUAAAUCUCUAGAACUGUUUCAGACAUUUUCUACGACAAAAUGCUACUUAAGAUGUUCAAUGUAUAUGAAUUAUUCACAUGCUGAUAGCAAAAGAUGAAACGACCAAACGUUUCAAUUCGCCGGCUUUAGGUUGGGAGUGAGCGCUCCUGUCAAAUAUUUAAUCUCCAAGGCAAGCGAAGAUGACACGGGUGUUGUUAAAGACGUUAAGUCGUACAACCUUUUCAUCUUUAAAGUUGCGACUUCAUUCGUCUCUUACGUCUGAACUGAUUGAAAACAUGGACAAGAAAGCCACCUGGGACCGCUUCUAUUCUGAGAGCAGCGGCAGAACAACCACGUUCAAGAACUUCGAGUGGUUCUUCGGCUUUGCAGCUGUCCAAAACUUGAUCAUGCCCUUACUACAGACCAAGUCCAGCUCUGAGGCCCGGCCACUCCAAGUCCUGGACAUGGGCUGCGGCACCUCUGCGUUGGGUCCCUCCAUUUACCAGCACUGUUGUGUGCCGGUGCGGGUCACAUGUGCUGACAUUUCCCCUGUUGCUGUGCAGCUCAUGCAGGACCACAUACUGGCCAAUGCUGUCCAGCCUCUCAACUCAUUUUCUCAGCUGGACUUUGUGGAACUAGACUGCACGCUGCUGCACAAACACUUUGGUCCCGGUAGUGUGGACCUCAUAGUUGACAAGGGCACCACAGAUGCCCUACUGAGGUCCAAGGAAGGGCGAGGGAAGGCUGGCCUGGUGCUGAAACAGUGUUUAAAGGCCUUGCGGCAUUCAGGGUCUCUGCUCCAGUUCUCUGAUGAGGACCCAGAUGCCAGGCUGUUGUGGUUGGAGACAGAAGCACGGGAGAGGUGUGCAGGGGGGGUAAAUAUUGGGCUGCAGGAAGUAGGGGAAAUGAGGGGAGUGUGUUACUACUGCUACCAAGUGACCCCUCGCCUGACUGUGCAGAACUGAACUGACAGUCUUCAUGUGAGAUAAUUGGUUAAUAAAAAUGUAUUAAGUUUUUCCCUGCAAAUGGCGGUCACAGGCAGUGUCAAUUCACACAUUAUAGGACAUUGUUUUGAUAUUCGUUUAUUGAGUUAAAAAACAAAUCACCAAAUGCCAAAAUUUAGUUUAAAAAACGACAAUAAAAAAACUGACCACUUGAGGUCCAAAACAUCGUAUGUAAGUGUUUUUCGCUAAUGUAAACAACUUAUAUUCCGUAUCCGGAGGACAGUGUGUAUGUUAGCAUGAUUGAAGUGUAAUUUAAGGACUACAAGUAACCCCAAAAUGUUGCAAAAGCAGGAAUAUUUGUUACAGGCUCAUUUUCUCUUAUGCAUAAUAAGUUGACGAGUGACUUGACAUCUUGUAUCACUUGAAAACACACACUCAUUUCAUCUGGAACAAGCUGAAGAAAUCAACUGGCUCCUCGUGUGACGCGUCUUGGCAGAAGUCUGGUGGAUUGAGCUGACUGGGGUCCAGGAUACCAAUGACAUUGUUGACGAAACUGCCAAAAAAUAAUGACACCUGGUAAGUUGUUGAUAUUGACUUUUACGCAACCACCUUUGUUUAAUGAACAACAGUAAUUGUCACUAUAUGUAUUCCACUGACCUUGUCACCAUCCAUCCAAAAGACUUAGUUUGGUAGGCCGUGGAGAUAGGUAUGCAUCCAAAUUCGGUGACUGUGCUCAAGUAAUGUCCUGCAGGAAGGAUGAAGGUGAGGGUCAUCACGUGUGGAGAUGAAUAAUGAGCGUAUUUCUGACUUCUGUACUCGCUUCAUUUUCACCUCCAGUGUUGGGAAUGGUGCCCGUCCACGAGUUGACGAGGAGCCCCUCACCCGGGCCGGAGGAGCUUCCCAAAACAGCCUGACCCAACAGAGUGGCGUUCUUCGGGAUUGCCAUCGGGUGGAAAUCGACCUUCAGGGGCUUCCUCUUGCAUGUGUGGUCUUGAUUGUUGAUCUCGUACAUGGUGGCCUGCAAGGUACAGUUGCUUUUUUGCCUUAUUCCUUCUGAAGUCAAAGGUCAUACCUCUUCAACACACCUUUAAUUGUAAGCUGGUUACAUUUUUAAGUGUUAAAGAUUUGAUUUGAAUAUGAUUGAGCACCUCUCUGAAGAGCAAAAGAGCAUCAUAGGUGAAGGACUGAUUCUGGUAAUAUCCCAUCUCUUGGAGCCUGACCCUCUCUCCCAAAGCGUCAUAGAGGUAGCGAAUGAAAGCAAACAGCUUUUCAUUUUGUGUGGCCU